AUGAGGGUCUACAAGUACCAUGUAAUCCAUUUUACUGUAAGGUUAAAAUUUCUCCAGGUAUUUCCAAUGUUUUUAGAUCUACGAUUUCAUAUUCUCCUUCAACUUGGGCACAUUAAUCAAGCCCGAUACAAUAUUUCCGUUUAAUGGUGCUUACGUCAAAGGCUGGUACAGGUAUUUCGGAGACAAUGGAGCGACAAUUUGUGUAAGGUUUCAAUGGCGCAUAGCCUUGGCUUUCAGAUGAUCUCGAUUAUUGUAACUGGCGGUCAUGCAAUCACAACUCAAUGUAUAUGUCUUGUUUAUCGAUUUGCGGUCUUAUUAGACACCAGAAAACUUCUCGCUCUUAUGUCGGACUGGAAGGCAUAUGUCAUCGGAUAUGUGAUAUCCACAACAAUCUACACAUUGAUCAGUGUUUUCAUUUUUGCGAAAAUUGUUUUUCCAGUGGAUGUAAGUCUUACCCGUCACUUAAUAGAUAAGUUUCAAUAUUUUUUGUCAUUUGAAGGAGGUCCAUCGGCAGAUCCUGGAAGUCGCAAAGAUUUUUCCAAACGCAACUUUACCCGAUUUUAACCAAGUAAUACUGUACCUUCCGCCUACAACGGAACAUUCCCUUGGCGCUGCAAUAUUUAUCUUUUGUGGUUUUAUGACAGCUGAGUUUGUGUCUGUCGGCAGCGUUUACAUGUUGCUUCGGAAACUGGAGAGCAAGAAGGCCAGCUUCUCAAAGGCUACCUAUAGACUUCACAGACAACUCACAAUUGCGUUGGGUUUACAGGUAGGCAUGCUAUAUUUGAUGGCGGAGUAUUAUUGUAUCAUAAAAUUCAGAGUAGAAAUUUCAGUUAUCCACUCCAUUCUUUUUCAUAAUGGCUCCAGUCAGCUAUUGGGUAGUUGUAAAUUAUCCCUACGGAUACAUGGACUACAGUACUUCUAGACUCUUUCUUCUUUACAUUGAGAUGUAUGGUACCUGCAAUUCAGCGAUAACCUUGUACUUUGUCAAACCGUACCGAAAUCUUGUAACGUCAAAGAUUCGUAUGGCCUUUCAUUAUGCAACAUGCAGACGAUAUGGCAAAGAAGAAGAAAUCCUGGUAGUUAUGCCGCCAGAAAGUACACUUGUAUCUUCUGGGUUAACAUAG